GGUAUAAAGUCUACCGCACAUAGGAUAGACAACUCAGAGGGAAAUCCCAUCAGUGCGCUGUCAGUCUACAACACAUUUGGAAAUGAAGGGAAUCGUUAGCUGUUGCGUGCUCGUCACGAUCCUGGUCAUAGCUGCCGAUGUGCAUGCGUACAGGAAAUUCGGACGCGAUUGUCGGGAUAUUGCGUGUGCUCCGGGAGAGAGAUGCAUAAUCUCUAGAGUUCCCUGCAAUGCUCCAGAUGAGCUUGAGGAAAAUCAAUGCGGGCAAUAUCCAGUGUGUGAGGAGGUGGAGCAGAAGCAAAUGAGUGCAGGUGUCGCACUGGAACGUAGAAAACGUGAAGCCGACCAAGAGGGUGUUGGGUAUGGAAUGGGUGGUAGUGGAAUGGGAAAAGGCAAUGUAAAUGGGGGCGGUAAUAAUGGUGGAAAUGGAAUUGGUGCACGUGGACAAAACGGUAACGGAAUGGGUGGUAAUCAAAUGGGCGGAGGAAACGGAAUGAAUGGAAUGGGGGGACCAAAUAGAAUGGGAGGCCCAAAUGGAAUUGGUGGUGGUAAUAACGGCGGUGGGAACGGAAUGAACGGAUUGGGUGGACCUAAUAGAAUGGGAGGACCAAAUGGAAUGGGUGGUAGUAACAACGGUGGAGGAAACGGAAUGAAUGGAAUGGGUGGGCGGGGGGGAUAUGGUAAUGGCAUGGGGAACAAUGGAAUGGGCAACAACGGUAUGGGACCCGGAGGAAUGGGUGGGCCAAAUAGAAUGGGAGGACAAAUAGGAAUGGGUGGUGGAUAUAAUGGUGGUAAUAAUGGUGGAGGAAACGGAAUGAAUGGAAUGGGUGGAAGAAAUGGAAAUGGCAUGGGGAACAAUGGAAUGGGCAACAACGGUAUGGGAUCCGGAGGAAUGGGUGGGCCAAAUAGAAUGGGUGGACCAAUUGGAAUGGGUGGUGGUAAUAACCAGAAUGGCAAUGGUAUGGGUCCUGGUAACUGGCGGGGUAAUUAUAAUGGUAAUACCGGUGGAAAUGAUGGACAAGGAUAUCGUCGAAAUGGAGGAACUUCAAACCAAAGCUACACCUACACCAGCACGCUAGCAACUUCUGUUAUAUAAAAAACAAUGUACGUAUGUGGAAGCAGGCCGGAAAAAGACAUUUUUUUGGGAAUAUAAAAGUUUUUUUUCUUUUCAAUUCGAUUAUGUUAUUACAAAUAAAUCAAGUGUUAUGCAUCACAA